GAUAUGUGAGCAUCUUGCGCCAGAUUUUCAGCCGAUUUUGUCAUCCUGUGCGCGAUUCGAGGAGGAUUUGCUGCAAACCAUUUCUCGUGUGUGAUUGGUGGUUUAGCCGAAAACGGUACAAUCGUUUGACGAGAUUAAACUGUAGAACCUUGAUCUGAUUUCGGGAAGAAAGAAGGAUCGCUUGCCGAAAAGAUUUUCCGCUUCGGAAUCGAUUUUCCCAUAGAGUGUGCUGGGAGUGCUCGGGUGAGAUAAAUUAUUCUGGCUGAGAUUUUCCGUGUUUUUAUUUUUGUCCGUGUCGUAAAGUCGCCUGUCCAAGGCAAGCUUCCAAUAUAUGUAUAGCGUGAUGAGAGUGCGAAAGUGAGCAGUACCGAGUAGGACGCUAGCAGUCCUCACGUACGGCGAAGUGUGGAUGUGUUGAUUUUUUUCCCUCGGAAAUCAGUGAAGAUGAUAAAUUGUUACCGCUGCCAGGAUCCCGAUUCGCCGAUCCGUCAAUGAACCGCUUGUAACGGUUUGACCUUUUUCCACGCGACUGUUGCGGUGUAUUAAAAGUCGGUCAAAUUUAAAGUGCUUGGCAGGGGGAAAAUAAAUCGCUUGCCUAAAUAAAGUAGUGGAAGCAGUGAUAAGGUCGUGGGCUGUGCAUCGUUAUAUUCUGUACUAGUUUGCAUACCACCAGACCGGAAACGAAUUCGGUUGCUUUAUGCACGUGUCCUUGUGUGUGAGCUUGCCUACCUCCGAGGCGGGCUCCGCCGGUUAGAGCGAGUGGAAACUCUGUGCAUUUUGCCUGCUAGAAGUUUAUAUAAACAGAAAAGUAGAGUAAAAUUUGUAAAGUGCAUCAAGCGGGGGAAUAGAAUUAAAUAAAAACAACAAAUUGUGAGCUUUAGUGCUUAAAUCGUUCGUAGCGCUGUGGAAAGAGGAAUUGUCCCUGUUCUGACUACUAGCAUUUCUAUCCGGGUUCCUGUGGAUAGAGUAUCGGUGUGUAUAUUUAUUGCAUUGCAGUGAUUGCUGUGUACAGCCAGACUCAGUAGUUUCGAGCCCACAAAACCGCCAGCAGGGACUCUGCCAACCAGUGAAGAGUAUAUAUCUGUGUGUCUCCGUGUUGCCGCUCAUUCAGACGCACCAUCAACAGCAGUAAUAGCCAAAUAAAAAAAAAUAUUGCCCUCCCCGCAGCACAGUGACACAGAUUCCGACUCAUUCGACGUACGUUCGGAGAUACGGGAAUGUCAAUGCGAAAGUGAGUGUGCCAAAAAAAGAAGAAGUAGGGAAGCAUAAAAAAUCACGCCACCGAGCAAAAGAAUUUCCAAAUUGAAAUCGUUGAAUAAAAGAUCUCGAAUACUGAAAGAGCCAAAAAAUCCAACGGUGAAUAGCUUUCUGGCGCUCUAGUGUGCGUUUGUGUAAUUGUGCCAAAGUGCGCGAUAUAUCAGUGCGGCAUACCUCGCCGGAGCCGGGCGAAGCAGCAGCAGCAGUAGCAGUAGUCAGUGAGGCAGCAACCCGGCGAAAGGAUUGUCUAAAGAGGAUUAACAUUUUAUUGAAUAGAAACAAAGGCAUCAUUCGUUGCUGCUGCUGUGCAUUCCGUUGUUCGAGAAGGCGAGAUCCGGUGUGGCCGCUGAAGCGAGGCGCCAGCCGCUGGGGAGAGUUCGUGUGCAGCAAGCUGGAAGCAAAGCCACCCGCCUGGGCCUGGACGGUUCCGCAAAGCCAGGCAGAUCCGGUUUAAGCGUUUAAAAAAUUAAGAACCCGAAAGCUAACAUUGGCGGCGAGCAAUGGACGAGAAAAUUAUGGCAAAAAGUGCUAAUCCCGUGCAGUGCGCUUCAGAAACUACCGAGUCCGGACCGAGCGCCGAGUGACUGUAGCCUGUAUAGUCCCUACAUAGCGGACCGGAUCCGGGGUGAUUCGAGGUGGUGUGUUUGGUGCAAAGUAGUGACAGAGCGGAAUAGGACAGUUGUGGCGGGAAAAAAAGUUAAAAAGGGUUUUCAACUAAUACAAAACAACCAGUGAAGUGAAUCUACCCUACCAGAAUUGCGCGUUUUUUCUAUAGUUUAGUGAUUGAGUGCUCAAGUGAAGAUAUAUCAUCGUAGAAAAUAGUGCAAAAUGUGUGCUAAUGUAAACGAAUCAAUCUCCUUCGGAGUGGAAACCGCUGUCGUCAGCAACCGUUCCCAGAUCGACUCCGACGGUACCAGAUGCGGCGAUGGCAACGGUAGCAUCAGAAACAGCCGCAACAGCAGUAGCAAUCGCAAUCAACUAAGCACAGUUAAUUGCUUGGUGCCCCGAUUCUUCCCAGCUCGUCUGCAGCUUGAUUUUGUCCUUUUCGCCAUGCUCAGCUGUUGCCUGUUGCCACUGAUGUUACUGGUUCCAGCGACGGAUGCCGCCAUUUCCAAUAGAGGUAGCGGCAGCAGUAAAAGUCUUUCGUCGUCAAACAACGGACUGGUGCCACGGUUUAUCUCACGGGGGCACACGUACCGGGCGGUCGUCGGUGACACCCUGGUGCUGCCCUGCGAGGUCGAAAAUCUAGGAACCCUGGUGCUACUGUGGCGGCGGGGCACCAACGUACUGACGGCCUCCCAGCUGAUGGUGACCCGUGACGAGCGGAUACGACUGGUCAACGGGUACAAUCUGGAAAUCUCCGAGCUGGAACCGCAAGAUGCCGGUGACUACGUGUGCCAGAUCAGCGACAAGAUCAACAAGGAUCAGGUGCACACCGUGGAGAUUCUUGUUCCACCCAGUGUCCGAGCGAUACCACCCAGUGGGCAGCUUACAGCCAGAAAAGGUGGCGCAGUGACGCUCGAAUGUAAAGCUUCCGGUAAUCCCGUUCCCUCCAUCUACUGGACCAAAAGGAGCGGAGCAGGCAAAUCGGCUGCCAAAAUCGGUGAAGGGCCUAUUUUGACAUUGGAACGCGUGGAAAGGCAGCAAGCCGGCGUGUAUCAGUGCACGGCCGACAACAAUGUCGGCGAACCGGUCACCGUGGACAUGCGGCUCGAUGUGCUGUAUCCACCGGAUAUCAGUGUAGACAAGUCCUGGAUCCAUUCCGGCGAGGGGUUCGAGGCCCAGCUCGAGUGCAUCGUCCAUGCCGAUCCGCAGCCGACGGUUUCGUGGUAUCAAAACUCGUUUCCGAUUCAGCCGACCGACAGACGGACCAUGUCAUCGAGAGGAAAUCGACACACGCUCACCAUCCGACAUGUCCAGCAGGAGGACUUUGGCAACUACAGCUGCGUCGCGGACAACACCCUCGGACGAUCGAAAAAAUACAUGGAAGUUUCCGGUCGACCGGGACCGGCCGAGUUCGUGUCACCACCCUGGAGCCGUUCUCCCGAUAGCUACAAUCUGACCUGGAAGGUGGAAAGCUAUCCGCCCCUGCUCGAGGUUCGCCUGCUCUACCGGAAGCUGAUGAUGAACGAAACAUUCCAGCAGCCUGGCCGAUGGCACGAUGUCAUCUUGACCCCCUCACCGCGCCCAAUUUCGGAACCACUGUCCCACGUCAUGGCAUUCACUCUCCGUGGAUUGCUUCCAAGUUCGGUGUAUGAAUCAAUCGUACAAGCAAAGAAUCGUUACGGAUGGAACGAGGUCAGUGACAUCUUCCAGUUCUACACCCAACGAAUAUCAUCCGACGUACACUCCGAGGAGAUGCAGGUGGCAAGUUCGACCUCCCGGAGCAGUGCCACCUCGAUGCAUCGAGUCCGGUCGAAUAGAAGCGCCGGCUAUCUGAUGGCGGCGACCAUCGUCUGCUGGCUGCUAGUGCGCUGCAAUCUACAACGAAACCUUUAAGAUUAAGCACCAAGUGGAAACAAAAUUUAGCAGAAGUGUAGGAAAUCCCACCCUCAGUCAUUGCAUCCAUUGUCUUUGUACAUUCGAAUCCCUGUUUCUUCGGAGGAGCGUUUUAUUCUCAUUUCGGCUAAGUGUGAGUUCUAGUGGGAACGAAAAAGCUUGUUGUUUCUUGCUAAAUGAAAGCUGUUUUGCUAUAGUGUUCCAACAACGUCCUAUCUUUUUCACAAUCUUUCAAUAGCUAUGAAGUGAACAAAUGGAAAUGCGAAAGAGGAAAGUGAGACUAUAAUCCUGAAAAAACGAGAGAUAAAAAACGAAACUAGCUGUUGUAAGAAUUAAGCGUUGAAAGAAAAAUGCAAUUGGUGUAUUGCUAAUGUCACCUGUUACUAAAUUCCUGCGCAAUUAGGUUCUUUGCUGACACAGUUAACCUCACUUUUCUUGAUAGUUCACUAGUACUGUUUACAUGGAUUUAGAAAAAUUUUGUGCACGACUAGAUCCGCUCGAAGAAACUCGCAAAUAAUUUUACUAAGUCCGUGUAAACAGUACAAGCGAACUGUCAAAAAUGAAUACUCGCGCUCAUUUGUGACGUCAGCGAAAAGUAUUCAAUUGCCCGUUGUCAUCACAUUAAUAGCAAACCAAACAAACAAUGUUGCAGUGCAUGCAUUUUGUUUCAAAAGACGUUCUGUGAGAGUGAGAGUAGCAGUUCAAAUAUAAAUUGCGCAGGAAUCCAGUAAGACGCAAAUGCAUUAGGAUUUUUUCUAGUUUAUGUUGUUGUUUUUUUGAACGGUAAGAACUGGGCUGGUGUAACCAGCGCACAGCAGCAAGUUGUAAAGUAAGUUGGAGUCCUGUUCGUGCGUCCCCCUGCCCCGGUAAGUGUUCCAAGUCAAGUAUAACACAAUGGAGAUUUUUGCACCUGUCCCAUUCAUAACCACAUAAUACCGAUGCACAAGCGCCGACACACACGAAAACUGACAUAUGAAAUAUUCGUACUCGUACACCAAGUAUAUAAGCAAACAUGUAAGAUUAGGGUGAAAGAUGAAAAUCAGCUCAGCUAGUCGAUGUCCAAAUCAUGCAAAAUUGAUACUUUCCAUCUGAUUUAAACCGAGCAAGUGUAAUAUUUCCCAAAAACAUUCAACUUUUCCAUAUAUUUUUGUAAAAAAGUAACAUCUUGUCGCCGGUCCCUUCAUAAUGGCGGAAAAGAAAAAAAAAGCAAUUGCCAAAAAAACACGAGUAGUUAUGAUAUUGGAAAACGAGUCUAUCUUCUCCUCCUUAGAGUCAUGUCAUUUUGUUUUUCCAUUAUUUGCAAAGCAUGCCAUCAUGCUACCGUAUCAUAGCUAGAUUUCAUCAUGAUGGACGCUAUUGGCACCAAACAAAUUCUGUAUAUGUGUAAUUGUAAGUGAUUUAUUGUUUCUGAAUAGUGAUAAGCCGAAUUGAAACGUAAACAUUUGCUGUUGUUCCGACAAACUCUGUGGUAGAUUAGAAAGCAGGUUAGAAACAAUCUUAUAAUUAUGCUAGAAACUGGUCGAUAUCUUUUUCCUUCUUGAUUUGUUGGAUGCAACUCAACUGUCACGGCAUACUAGAUCUACUCUCUAUCGGAUGAACAGGGUUGAACAUGAUAUGAUUCUAGUUACCAUAGGAAUAAGUUGUGUUAGAUAUUUUUUCACCAUUGUCAGUUUGUUUUGGAGUUGUUUGCUGAUAAUUUUUCUAAACCUAAAACCAAAGAGAAACGACAUAUAAGCUAGAACAAACUUUCCCGAAAAACCUGUGUAAACAUUCAAAUGAAAAUACGUUGAAAUAUAUGAGUCACCGUUGUAUCCAAGUUUGCACACAAGUCCCGUAUAGCGAUUGCUGGCCGAUCGAAGCGCCGGCCAGUGGUAAGUUGCUGUUGUCAUUUCAAAGCGACAGUUUUUUUUCUUACACAAGUUGAAAACUUUACUUGUAUGUCAGUUCUCAGUGCUAAAACCUAGAGCACUCUAGUUAGAGUGCGGCCAAGACGCGUCUGACGUAUCCAAACGAGCAGAAAUCUGACGUAUUUCUAUUGUGAAUACGUCAAAUUCCAUGUUCGUUUGGAUACGUCAUGGCCUCUUGGCCACACUCUAACUGGAGUGCUCUACUAAAACCAACAACAAUUUUUCAUCACUAAAGAAAAAGUUAUGGUACAUUUAGUAUUUCUGGAUUUCAUUCGGCAUCACCUAGCCUAUAUUUAAGUUGUUAAUUAUAUAAUAGACAGUCUAAAAACCGAUUUUUCGAUUGCUCAGGCCCCCACUGAGUCGAGUUAUGGUACCAUCGGAAGUGUACGCAACAAAUUUGAAUUAAAUCGGAGUACUAUAGCUACCGGACGAAUGUGCUUAAAAUUUGCGAGGGAUUUUUCGACAGCUUGCAUCUUCUCCACCAGGGUGCACUGUAUGCAUUACAAUAUUAUCACCGACGAAUCGACGUGACAGAGGCAUUCUAAAGAUGUCCCAUACAAAAUAACGAUUGUUUUGAAAUGACCCGAUCGCUACUGUCAAAUUACGACAGAUUUCUCCGCCAUGUUUGAAUCAGGGCACGCUUCUCGAUACGUGUAGUGAUAUUACAGAAGGUGUGCAAUUCCCUCAGCUACGUAUGUAGUGAUAAUAUGCAUCAAAAUAGUAUUCAGAAUUUAUUGAAAAUGCGAUCAUUCUGUUACUUGUUUUUGCUUUUAAAGGACAGUUUUGUGAAAUAGUACAUACAUAAAAUAAUAAAGAGUUGGAAAAACGAUCUUUAACAUAAACAAAAGAACGUUUGUACGUUCGAGCAUACCUGGUUCAACAUCGAUACACUUUGGAUUCUGCGUACUGUUGUUUUAUCGAUGAAGACUACCACGCGAACCAUUAUACAGAUGCCGCUGGUGUAACAACGUAUUUUAAUUUAAACAAUUAGGACACUAUGCGUCAGGCAUUUUUGUUCUAUGUGGCAAGUCGGUUCGUCGGUGAUAUUACUGCAACAGACCCUGAUCUUAUCAUUCAGAGAGUGGGGUUGCUAGCAGGCCAACCUACUAAAAUCUCCACCCAAGUACACCUGAGUGGUUUACUAGAACUACCUCUUCUUCUUAUGCCUCGGGACCACUGAAUGCGACUACGUCGGAGGAGUAUUGUGCUCAUGCACUUACAAUUCUUAAUUCCUAGCUGUUCCUGAUAGUUCACUGUUUUUCUCCCACUUGUAAUAUCUGUUGUGAUAAUUCGCUCUAUGAAGAAAGUAACCUGAGAACAACUCGACAGCACCCCAACGGCCCGCUUGGGGCCAGCAAUUCCAUUCGCCGGGACCCUGCUACUAUUCGCAGGCAAACCGGUUGGAUACCGAGGUCGGUCCGGUGAUUCCGGGUGGAGCUUGGAUAGUACGCUGGCAUCCCGAAAGCAGUACUUCAUCUCACGAUGUGCUUAGUUUACACAGACGGAGACGCUUUGACCAGUCUUCUUGCAUUUCGUGUAUUGCUCCGCAUUCCACAUCCGCAGACAGAGUAAUGCAGAUGGAUAUCGUCUUGGCAAUGACGCAUGCUGCCUCCAAGGGAGGCGGACAUAAACGCGCUCGCGACACGUACAGUCUGGCGAAAGAUGUUCGUCAACUUCUUCUGGUUUCGCUUUGAGUUCAGAGAAGCUGUCCGGACUGGGACUCCACACGAUUCUUUCUGCGGCUUGCUCCUCCGAUGUUCGGCAUGGUCUUUGCUGCUACGUUAGUUGUCCUCGCUGCUUUCUCAUAAAUAGCCGACGACAUCACACCCAAGCGCUUCAACGCACGCCUCGAUGGAAUUGAGGGUCCAUCGGCACUGGUUACGGUAAGCUGGAUGUUUUUAUAGUUGCUGACCAGCACUACCUCCGUCUACUAGUGAGCCAGCUGCAACUGUGCAGCGCUACGGCGAUAGCCAUUCAGCUCACGCUGUUGAACGCGUUCCUCACCUCGUCCUACGGUUGAAAUCUUUUUUUCGGAAUCCAAACUGUCUCUGCGAUAAUUCGUUUCAUUUCCAGCGUAAUUCGCCAGCCUGUGAUUAUGACUUUUUCUGGAAGUUUAUCUAUCUGCGGCCUUCGACAAAACCAAUAACAAUAUCGCAAUAGCAAAGCAGGACAAACUAGGUAUUCAUAGACAACCCCUGCGUUGGUUCCGUUCCUACCUCGAUGGAAGGCAAUUUCCAAUCAGUAUUAAGGACUGUCUGUCUGCACCAUUUUUCGCUACAUCUGGCAUUCCACAAGGAAGCCAUCUCGGUCCAGUGAUAUUUCUCCUCUACUUUAAUGACUUCAAUAUCAAAUUGCAAGGACCCCACCUUUCUUUCGCUGACGACAUGCAACUUUUUCGACAAAUACGGGAUAAAACCGAUGCCGAAUUUUUUCAGAGUGAACUAGAGAGCUUAAGUACGCGGUGUGAUCUAAACAGAAUGGUUCUAAACCUAAGUAAAUGCUCAAUCGUUACGUUCACGCGGAAACGCCAUCCGAUUCAGUUUAACUUCCAUUUCUUCGACUCAAGCAUUCCAAGACACUCACGUCAAGGAUCUCGGAGUCAUCAUGGAUUCGGUACAAACGUUCAAGCCACGUACAUCAUUCAAUGUGGAUAAGGCAUCAAGACAGCUUGAGUUCAUCUUCCGAAUAGCGAAAAACUUCAUACGUCAUGCUGUUUAAAAUCACUCUAUUGCGCGCUGGUUCGCUCAACACUAGAAUAUUGUUUUGCUGUUUGGAAUCCAUACUACCAGAACGGCGUUGACAGAAUGGAGGCCAUCCAACGCCGGUUCAUAUGCUUUGCACUCCGACAUCUUCCUUGGCAAAACAGAUUUCAGCUGCCACGCUACAAAAACCGUUGUCAUUUAAUACAACUCGACACUAAGCAUCCGGAGGGACCGCUCUCGAGCCUUGUACGUUACGGACUGUCGCCUUCGUCCAGGCAUCUCUGCAAAACUGUCCUG